UUUUUGUUCUAGCAGUCUUCGUCACGGAUCGAGGCAAGUUUAUGUGCACAGUUAGGCUUGCACGUUGGUUAUCUCGCAGUGCCUUUGCCUCUCAGCUCCCACUUGGGCAUGGUUACCUUGAGAGCUGUGGGAUCAGCACUGCUGGAGCAUGCUCCGGUGGGGAGAGCGGGUGUGUGCUGGUUUUAAUGCUAUUUAAUGAAGAUGCUUCUCACUCUGCAAUAUACGGAGCAUAAUGGAAGAGCAGAGCGGUGAUUGGUUAUGGAUACUGGAAAAGGAGAGAUGCAAAGGUUGACUAUGAUCCGUCAAACUCUCUGAAGGACCAGCAUGGAGAUUGGCACUCUGAACUGUUAAUGGGGACAUGGGACUCACGUUGUCAUUGAUCACUUGUGUGGACUUAACCAGCGAAGAGCAACAGAAGACAAUAGGAAGACAGUGGGAAUUAUAGCAGACUUUCAGAAUGUCUGAGCAAGGGAAAUUGAGCCAGGAGACAGCAGAGGAAGGUGUGAAGGAGCAGGAGAAUGCCAUCUUGGAGGCUAACCCGGACAACUGCAUCCUCACUAAGUCUGAAAGCUCGGAAGUGGACGAGAAGGAGGAGAAGCUGAGUGAUGCCAAGACAGAGCUGCAGAAACGAGGUGGAAACCAGAACCAGCAGAAAAAGAGAUCCAAGUCAGGAGCUAAAGGAAAACUUGUCCGGAGCCUUGCUGUGUGUGAAGAGUCAUCCCCGCGCCCAGCAGCGGAGAACCUUCAUGACAAUCAGGAAUCAAUCCAACUGCACCUUUCAAGUUUUCCUAGCUUGCAAGAAGAAGAUAAAUCUAGUAAAGAUGAGUCCGAGAAAGAAAAAGAGAAGGAAAGAAAUAAAGAAAAAGAUAAAAACAGUGAAAAAGCCAAGAUCAGAAUGUUAUCAAAAGAAUGCAGUCAAGAGUAUACGGACUCCACAGGCAUAGAUUUGCACGAGUUUCUCAUUAACACAUUAAAGAAUAACCCCAGGGACAGAAUGAUUCUCUUGAAAAUGGAGCAGGAAAUUAUUGACUUUAUUAGUGACAACAAUAAUCACUAUAAAAAGUUCCCUCAGAUGUCGUCCUACCAGAGGAUGUUGGUGCACAGAGUGGCAGCUUACUUUGGGAUGGAUCACAAUGUGGAUCAGACUGGGAAAUCUGUGAUUAUCAACAAGACCAGCAAUACCAGAAUACCAGAGCAAAGGUUUUCUGAACAUUUAAAAGAUGAAAAAGGUGAAGAAUCCCAGAAGCGAUUUAUCUUGAAGCGAGAUAACUCUAGUAUUGAUAAAGAAGACAAUCAGUCAGUUUGCUCCCAGGAAAACCUUUUUGUGGAAAACAGUAGGCUGUUGGAAGACAAUAGCAUAUGCAAUGAUACCCAUAAGAAAAGACAGCUUUUUAGGGGUAACAGGGACAGCAUGGGGAAGACAUCUGGCAGCCGACAGAGCAGUACAGAGACCGAACUGAAAUGGGCAGACCACCAGAGACCGUGGAGCAGCACAGACUCGGACAGCUCCAAUCGGAACUUGAAGCCAGCCAUAACCAAGACAGCCAGUUUUGGUGGGAUAACCGUCCUGACGAGAGGAGAUAGCUCAUCAAGUAACAGAAGUACCGGCAAACUGUCUAAAACAGGCUCAGAGUCUUCCAGCAGCGCUGGCUCCUCAGGGUCACUGUCACGGUUACAUCAGCCUCUCCAAAGUGCAUCUCUCGUCCCCGGGGUGACAGCCAGCUCUUCAGGCAGCGUGUCCUACCCUGAGAAUGGGAUGAGUGGCCAGGUGGCCCCCAGUAACACCAGCUAUAUCAUCCUUCCACUUGAAGCUGCAGGGAUACCGCCUGGCAGCAUCCUUCUGAACCCGCACACAGGUCAACCAUUUGUGAAUCCUGAUGGGACACCGGCAAUAUACAACCCUCCCAGUGGCCAGCAGACGAUGAGGAGCCAGAUGGUGGGACAGUCUCAGCAACAGCCUUCAUCCCAGCAGCCUCAGCAGGUUCAACAGCCACAGCAGCAAAUGGCAAGUCACCUUGUCACACAGCCCGUUCAGGCAAUGCAGCCAUCUUCUCAAUCAGUCCAAUAUCCAGCAGUUUCUUAUCCUCCCCAGCACCUCCUGCCAGUCUCUCCAACGCAGCAGUUUUCUGUGCGAGAUGACAUGACAACACAGUUCAACCAGAUGAGCUUGAGUCGUCAAUCAUCAGGAGACAACCCCGAGUCGCCGUCUGGUCCUGUGUACCCAUCACCUAUCCUGCAGCAGCCUGCCCAGCAAACGGGUUACAUUAUGGCUUCUCCAAGUCAGCAGCUUCCUCCAGGAGGCUUUACAGGUUCAGGUCCACCAGGAUCCCAACCAGUGCUGCAGCCACCACCUCCACCCCAGGGCUUCGUGCAACAACCACCACCACCUGCUCAGAUGCCAGUGUAUUAUUACCCAUCUGGUCAGUACCCUACCUCAACAACUCAGCAGUACAGACCCAUUGCCUCAGUUCAGUACAAUGCACAGCGGAGUCAACAGAUCCCACAGACUGCACAGCAAGCAGGUUACCAGCCUGUCCUGCCGAACCAGCAGCAGGGGUUCCAGGGUCUUAUGGGAAUGCAGCAGCCACCCCAAAGCCAGAACCUGAUGAAUAAUCAACAGGGAAAUCAGGUGCAAGGCAUGAUGGUGCAGUAUCCAGCCAUGUCGUCUUAUCAGGUGCCAAUGACCCAGGGUUCUCAAGGAUUGCCGCAACAAUCAUACCAACAACCAAUCAUGCUACCUAAUCAAUCAGGUCAAGGAACACUUCCAGCCACUGGAAUGCCUGUCUACUGUAAUGUCAUACCUCCUGCCCCACAGAACAACCUACGGCUGAUCGCCCCACACUGCCCCUCCAAUAACGUUCCAGUUAUUUCAGCCAGCUGCAGGACAAACUGUGCCAGCAUUAACAGUGCAGGGUGGCAGGUCAAGUACUGACACUGGCUCCAUGUGGGUAUAUGAGGAUAGUGGUGCAUUAUCUGACUAAUAACUCAUGGCCUUCAAACGGAGAGGAACACAACAGUUGAGGACAGAAGGACUGACUAUGCUCAAGUGAUUUGCUGCUGGAAAAAUCUGUAAAAAACCCUAAAAAUAAGAUAAAUUUGGGGGAAAAAAAGAAAAAAGAACAAAAAAAAGAUGUUUGCUGGUUAAUGGUGCAUAUUUUUGUCAUGUCUGCUAGGUAUGCCUUUAUAGCUUAGCUAGUGACAUGAAUUCAUUGAGGUAAGAUUUUUUCCUACCACUGAACACCACUGUGUAGAUUGUAAUAUCCCUGAUUCGGAUUAGUUUUGUACUUCGUGUUGAGUUUGUGAAGCUAAAAGUAUUUAAAAAUAUAAGAAAAUCACAUUGUACCAAAGCUGUAAUGGAAAUGGUAAAAUAAAAGAAAUUAACAAGAAAAAAAUUACUGAAUGGAAGGAAUAAUUUAUAUACACACUAUAGAGGUUUUUUUAUGGAUAUAUACUGUAUUGUAGUGCUUAAUCACAAUAAAGCUAUUUGACCUCAUGGAGAAAGGUCAUGUUUCUA